CUGACAACAAGUGCUGUGUAUCCUGAUUUAAUCAGUAAAAAUCGCAUUUUUUCGCAAAAUCUAGGAUUCUGAUCACUUUGAAUUAACUGCCAUCAUCAUCAAUAACAAUGCCAGAAGGCCCCGAACUACAUUUAGCCAGUAGAUUAGUGAACAGUGUUUGCAGUGGGCGGCUUUUUUCUGGGAAAGUUAUAAAAUCUGAGGUUUCCACCAAAAACCCAGAUGUUGCCUGGGAUGCUGAGUAUUACACAAUAUCUGCUCAUUCAAGGGGAAAGGAGAUGAAACUCACCCUCCAAGAAUGUACAAAGAAUGACGAGGAAAAGUUGACGAAAACUAAUCCGCCAAAAGUGGGAAAAGUGUCGCACAUCAUUUUCCGAUUCGGGAUGUCUGGGAAGUUUAAGUUCGAUAAAGUGUCUGAUAUGCACAAACAUGCUCAUUUGAAGUUUUUUACAUCGGACGGCAACAUGGUGCUGAGCUACAUAGAUGUCAGAAGAUUUGGCAAAUGGGAACAAGAAAGUGACUGGGGAAAAAAGAGAGGACCAUGCAUUAUAUUCGAAUACAAAGAUUUUAGGUCAAAUAUUCUUUCACAUCUUGAUGUUGCUGCCUUCAAGAGACCAAUCUGUGAAGCAAUGCUCAAUCAACAAUAUUUCAAUGGAGUGGGAAAUUAUCUGCGAGCUGAAGUUCUUUACAGGCUAGGCAUUCCACCAUUUGUCGAGGCACAUUCAGUCCUGAAGAAACUUGAUGAGAGAGAGGACAUAGAGGAUGGCAAGGAGAUAAACCGAGACAACCCAGAUCUGAUUGACAUGUGUACUAUCUUAGCGAGAGAAGUCAUUGAAUUAGGCGCAACCAAUUACACAAUUGAAGAUGAUGCUAAAGACCAUUCAGCCUUCAAUGAUUGGCUCCAAUGCUACUAUCAGCCAGGGAUGAAUAAUAUCACUGAUCAUAACAGUAGGACCAUGUGGUUUAAAGGCAUUUCUGGGCCGAUGGCACCUAAAGAAAAAAGCCAACCAGGUAGAAAGAGGAAAGGCAAGAAAAAAGUUGAGACAGAUGAAGAAGAAAGUCCCCAAAAGAAAAUCAAAGUUGAAUUGAAGGCAGAAGUCCAGAGUGGUAACAAAGGAAGAAGACAGAGGGUCAAAUGGGAGAAUGAAGACAAUCAUGACUAUGUUGCCCCAUCUUCAAGGAGAUCUCAGAGGUCAAAGGUUAAAGUUGAAGAGGAAGCAGUUGAAGACAUGAAGCCACCAAAACGAUCUUCUCGCAAAAUUAAGAAAGAGGCCAGUUUAUCUGUGGUGAAGCCUCCAGUUGCUAGAACAAAACAGACAAAAAGGACAAGUAAAUCUAGGAUGAAGACAGAAACCAAGGACACUACUUCAAAGAAGACUGUGAGUGGGAGAGGUUCAUCAAGUUCAUCACCAGCAUCGGAUCAACGAGUUACCAGAUCAAGGACCACCAGAAAAUAGAAUCAGGAAAACAGAGACUGCCCCUCACCCUGGUAAAAUUUCGUAAAAGGCCCACAGGUUAAAGAGUUAAGAAUUCAACCAUUCCCAGGAAUAUGUUCAGCACUGAUGAUCUCAUUUGUACAAAUGUAUCUUGCAUGAAUUUCAAUAAUGAAUUAAUGCCUGUAUAUAUAUAACAUAAUGGUCAACAAUUCUCGGGACUAUUCACGAGACAGAAAUACUGCAUUUUGAUUGUUUGACUCCUCUGUAUUGUCCUCAAGCUACGAGGAGCUUACGAUUGAUGAAUGUUGAAUAAAUGUCUUAUAUUUUUUCAA